AUGCCGCCAGGUACACGUGUUCAUAUAGAGGUGAAUGAGAAUAAUAUGCCAAGCAAUAUUUCAGAGUCUAUCCUAUUAGGAUCAUAUAUAGGUGUCAUUGCAAGAGAUCCUUCAAAGUUUGCAUUUCCUGGACAUAUACGUCAUUGGAUUCUUCAAUCCCUUGGAGUUAAGUGGUGUAACCAUAAGACUAAUUUAAAAGCUGAGCAUUGGGACAGCCAUCCUAUUGAGGAAAUUAUGGAGUCUAUUCCAGCUAGUGUUGAUGCAACACAGUGGUGUCAUCUAGAAACCCAGUGGUCACAACCAAAAGAUAAGGAGUGGGUUGCCAUAAAUGCUGCAAAUGCAAAGAAACAGACUUGUCCUCACACUAUGGAGCGUGUGAGUUCUGUUCGAAGGCAACAAGUGAUGGCUAUCAAGGAUAGAUUAUUAUUAUGUAGAGUUAACAUAUUGCAUAAAGAUGGCACCUGGUCAUCUGAAGAUGCUAAUCAGAGAUGGAUACAAGCUUGCGAGCUUUUGGCUAAAGAUGGACUUACACCAGAGGAUGGGAAUGUGGAGGCUAAUGAAAGGGUGUUCAGUAUGGUAAUGGGACCUGAACACCCAGGCAGAGUUAGAACCCAAGGUUUUGGUGUCACACCUACACGAUAUUUCCCUCAUAGCAUAAAUAAUGGCACGAGCAGCUGUAGAAGCAAUUUAAGUCAAAUAGUAAAUCUCAAAGAGGAUGUGAACUCAUUACCUACUGAAAUGAGGCAAUUCAUACAAGAAAUUUGA